AUGCAUUUAGCUGAUCAAUUUCUUAAUAGUAUAUCCCAUGAGAGGGAUCAAGAUGUUAAUCAGACUGAAAGAUUGUUGAAUUCUUUACCUCUGACUAAAUUGGUUAAAGCUGGCUAUGCAAUCACCAACUUAAAUCUUGAGAAUUUGAGAACAGGUUUAGGUGGUAAAAUUUAUUUGGAAUUAGGUCCUGAUAAUGCCAUUGAUCAAGAGAUUGCAAGAGGGGAUGUUAAAGUCGGCGACAUUGUUAUUAUAGCACCUGUUAAGUCUAAGUUCAAGGACGAAUCUCGUUGUAAUGGUGUGGUAUUCAAAAUGUCAUCCCAACAACUAGUGGUAUCUAUUGAAGAAUCCAUGGAGGAAGAGGCUGUUAAACUGUACUCAUCAAGACUUUAUGUCCUUAAGACCACUAAUACUAUCACAUAUCAACGUAUGGAAUCCUCGAUGCGUAAAUUGAAAGAGAUAGAAUCGUUAAAGGGAAAUUCAAUUGUUCAGUAUUUGCUGGAAGGUAAGCCAUUUCAUGCCUCUGCACCAGAUCCAAAAGUAAAAUUUCACAAUGAAUCCUUAAAUGAUCCUCAGCGUCAAGCUAUUAGGUUUUCCCUAUCAAAUGAAAUUAGUAUAAUCCAUGGUCCUCCAGGUACUGGUAAAACCUAUACACUAGUGGAAUUAAUUCAACAACUAGUAGAGAGGGGACAAAGAGUGCUUGUUUGUGGGCCUUCAAAUGUGUCUGUGGAUACUAUCUUGGAAAGGCUCUCAAAAGUUCUUCCAGGAACUUCACUAAUACGUAUAGGACACCCAGCACGGUUGCUAGAAAAGAAUCUGACCCAUUCGCUAGAUGUAUUAAGUAAAACUGGUGAUGCAGGUGCUAUAGUUAAAGAUAUAUCUAAAGAAAUUGAUCAAACUAUCGCCAGUAUCAAAAAAUCAAGAUCUUUUCAUGACCGUCGAGAAGGUUGGAAAACAGUUAAAGAUUUGAGGAAGGAAUUGAGACUGAGAGAAAGGAAAGUAAUCAAUGACUUGAUCAUGGAAUCCAAAGUUAUUGUAGCAACACUACAUGGUUCUAGUAGCAAAGAGUUGCUUUCUACAUACAAUGCUAUUCCCAAACUCUUUGAUACAUUAAUCAUCGAUGAAGUUUCACAAAGUUUAGAACCUCAGUGUUGGAUUCCAUUAAUCUCUCACAAACAGUCUAAUAUUGGUAAAUUAGUGCUGGCGGGUGAUAACAAACAAUUACCGCCCACCAUCAAGACUGAAGACGAUAAAAAAGUGCAAAAACUGUUGGGAACCACAUUGUUCGAUAGAUUGAUAAAGCAAUACGGUGAUAGCUUCAAACAGCUACUAACAAUUCAGUACAGAAUGAAUGAGGAGAUUAUGAGCUUUGCAUCACAAGAAAUGUAUGAUGGCAAGUUGAUUGCGGAUAAAUCUGUAGCUACACAGAGACUUACGGACCUUCCUGGUGUGGAUGUAAAUGAGGAUACAGAAGCACCGCUGAUAUGGUAUGAUACGCAAGGUGAUGAUUUCCCAGAAAGUUCUAAUGAAGAUGAGGAAAUUGCGGCCUCAAGAUUUAAUGAAAACGAGGCACUGCUACUUGAAGAUCACAUCUCAAAAUUAGUCGGUAGCAAUGUUCCACAAGAUGCCAUUGGGGUAAUCUCACCAUACAGUGCACAGGUUGGUAUUAUAAAGAAAUUAAUCCAUGAAAAGUACCCUCAAGUUGAAAUUUCCACUGUUGAUGGAUUUCAAGGUAGGGAAAAGGAGGUCAUCAUAUUAUCAUUGGUUAGAAGUAAUGAUACUUUCGAAGUUGGCUUCCUCAAAGAUGAUAGAAGACUUAAUGUUGCCAUUACAAGACCAAAGAAACAACUGUGCAUUGUGGGUAACAUGGAAACUUUAGAGAGAAGUCGAGUACCAUUUCUUGAACAUUGGGCUCAUUGGAGCGAAGAAAACGCAGAAAUUAGGUAUCCUGACAUCGAUGAUUUAUUAUGA